AUGACAGACGGAAUUUUAAAGUUGACAUGCGAAUGCAAACACGAUCCAUGGGGCAAACAAGGCAAGAGUUCUCUUGCCGGCCGCUUAUGGUCUCAUAUGCCUGACGCCGGAGAAUUGGAUGAAUCAGAGACCUACUCGGAAAUGUGGAUGGGUACAUACCCUACUGUUCCAUCGCGGAUUCAUUCUUCCGGGGAGCUCCUCUCCGAACAUAUCAAGAUUAACCCCGACCUUGUUGGUCAGUCUGUUUACGAUAAAUAUGGGCCCAAUAUCCCUUUUCUCCCAAAGGUGCUCUCCUUCGCCAAAGCGCUUCCACUCCAAAUUCAUCCAGACAAAGGCCUUGCCGAGCAGCUGCAUGCAAAUAACCCCGAUAAAUUUGGAGACGCCAACCACAAGCCCGAGAUUGCUAUCGCUUUGAGUCGCUUUGAGUCAUUCGUUGGAUUCAAACCUCUUCAAGAGAUUGCAGAGCUUAUGCGGCUGGAGCCUUUAGAGCAACUAAUGCCACUGGAGCAUGAUUUUGAUGACGAAGCCUUACGACAGCUCUGCAAGACUCUCCUGAGUUUGCCACCGAAUCUAGUAUCUGAGGUGAUCACAGCACUACAGAAUACACCUCUGUCCGAGUUUGGAGACCAUCCCCAUGUUCCAUCACUUCUCGAUCGACUAAAUAAGCAAUAUUCAGAAUUUGAUAACGGGAACUUAGUCGCCGCUCUUCUAAUGAAUUAUAUGAUUUUGGAGCCUGGAGAAGCUAUCUGUGUGCCAGCCGACAGCAUGCAUGCAUACCUUUCAGGCGACAUUAUAGAGUGCAUGGCGCGAUCCGACAAUGUCCUGAACACAGGCUUCUGCCCCCGUCCUGACCGUGAUGAUGUUGAGUUAUUCGCACAGGCGCUUACUUUCAAACCGCAUAGUCCUAAAGAGUCUCUGCUCCCAUCUAAAAAGAGCAAAGUUGGUCAGAGAGGGAAGACUAUUGAAUAUACGCCUCCAUUCAGCGAGUUCAAUGUCUUGAGCGUGGCUCUUUCUCGUGGAGAAAUUGAGAAACACCGGGCACUUCAAAGUCCCAGUAUCAUUGUUUUUACUGAAGGAUCCGGAAAGAUGACUGUUGGUGAUGGAACCACUCAUGAUAUUGGGGAAGGAGAUGUUUACUUUGCUGCAAGAGACGCUGAAUUAGAGUUAUUGGCUAAUGCGGGAUUGGUAUGCUAUCGAGCAUAUGCUACGUUCUGA